AUGUUGCUUCGCCACAUCAUUCCAUCUAAUAACGAUGUGGAAGAAAUUUACAUCGUAAAACAGGAGAACGAUCCCCAAGAAUCGAUCUUUAACCCAUUGGACGAUGACCUCAGUUUGCGGGAGCUAUCCACGAAUUUGGGAAAUGAAGACGAAGAAAUUAAAGAUGAACAAACAAGUGUUCAUAAUGCUCUUGAGAAUGGACACAAUUUGGCCAGACACAUGUCUGAGGAGAAUGUUUCAGCUAAGACUGAUUGCUCUUAUGGUAAUUGUGAUGAAGAUGUGGUUAAAAACAAAGAAGAUGGAAAGAAGGAUAAAAUGGGAGGCAAGAAUGCAGAGAAUAUACGAUUUGGGCAUAGUAGAUGUACUGUGUCCUCUAACAAAGCCCAGUAUAAGAACAUGUGUGAUGAGUUUCAGCAUAGCAAUCAACUUGAAAUAAUGAUAGAUGAAUCAGAACAAGAUUGUGAUGUAUCGGAGCAGAGGCCUUCGAUUGCAAACGAUAGUACCCCUAAAGUAGAACCGAUUUUUGAAGACUGUGAUGAAAAUGGAAUAGGCUUAAGUGCUGAAGAAAGUGAUAGCAGCGAUGAAUACAGAUUGGCUGAUUUAAAGAAGAUCUUUCAAAAGAAGCAAGAGCAGCCAACACAAGGAAGCAGUGGCGAACAGAGUACAACUGCAAGAGGGAAAUGUAAAAAAUGGCAUAACGGUUUGGUAGAGAAUUCUAAACAGCAGGCAGGUGAUAACGAGCUGGGCGCAAACAAUGUAACAGAAUGCUUUAUGUGUCAUAAAGAUUUUCGAUUUCGUAAAGUAUUGUUGCGGCAUUUACGUAGAGAACAUGCUAAGGAUAUUCCCUUCAACUGUACCCUGUGUGUGUCGGAGACAAUAACUAGCUUUAAUCGCUUAAAUUUACAUCAUUUGCAACAUGAUUCGGCAUUGAAACGACGUUGCUAUUACUGCCCGGCUCGAUUUUCCUGCGGGCAAGCUGUAAGCAGGCAUAUGCGAAAGCUGCAUCAUUUGGAAUAUGGUGUCGAUGUGGAAAAAGCUAGGCGCCUCGUGUGCCGUUACUGUACUCAAAAGUUCACAAAAACAUACGAUCUGGAAAAGCACGAAAAGAACCAUCCAGAGGGGGAAAGCUCUAAAGGAACAGACUGUUCAAAGCGGCAGCUGACAUGCUAUAUUUGCAAUGAUUUUCAAGGAAAAACACGUGAGGAGCUGAAUAAACAUGUCUGUACGCAUUCAGAUUGGUUGCCUUAUCGGUGUGCAAAAUGCGAUGGUAAAUUGAUAAAUUCGACACGAAUUCUGUGCAAACAUCUGCGACAGCAUGCUGAAGGUACGGCGAUCAAGUGCAUGUACUGUGAAAAUUGUUUCGUAUCGCUGGCUGACUGCCAGCACCACGAGGAACGAGAACAUAUUCAAGAAAAACAAAUUGAUGAGCUACAGGAAGUAACAAUGCAGCCCAAAGCCUACGGUGCCAGGGUAGUGAUUGUCGAUGGACAUAAGCGAUUUCAAUGCGAGCAUUGUGAUCGUUCAUACGCACUUCGGAGUACUCUCCAUCGGCAUCAAAACACUCAUAAGGUUGAUAAAACUCUUGAAUGCAAGCACUGCGGCAAAAUGUUUGGCAAAUCUUCAUCACUGGCAAUGCACGUAAAGCGGAAUCAUGAUACCGAUAAUCCAUUUCCGUGCGAUGUUUGUGGAAAACAAUUUAAAGAAACGAGUAGACUAGUCGAGCACCGUCGAAUACACUCCGGAGAAAAAUCGUUUAUUUGCGAGGUUUGUGGUAAAUGUUUCCGCACUCGCCAGGUGUUGAAAGAUCAUAAACUCAAUUGUUUUGGAUCGAAUGCUACGCUACCAUGUUUCUGUAGAUUCUGUUCGGAAACCUUUCCCAAUUUGUCGGCCGCGCUGCAACAUGUGAAGAAUUCUCACGAAACAGAUAUUCCUGAAUCGAAGUGCCGCUACUGUGAUCUAAUCUUCCGUGACGCGGAAACAUUGAUCGAGCAUGAGUUCCGCCACACUUUACCUGGUAUAAUUGCAUGUAAGGUAUGCAAUCGAAUUUUUAAACAUCACAAAAAUCUCAUGCGCCACGUUAAGAUGCAUGCCGAUCAACCUGUGCCAUACAUGUGCGAUUUGUGCGGGAAAACAUUCACGCAGAAAGGCUCUCUCACCAUACACCGACGCAUACAUACCGGCGAGCGUCCGUUUUCCUGUGAGCUUUGCCAGAAAGGCUUUGUGGAUAAAAAAGAAAUGCGUCGACAUUACACGUCCCACUUUAAUCCACAAAGCAAGCUAUACAUACCGAACGCCCACACAAUUGCAACUCCUCCAGAAGCUGGUCCAACCGGAAAGAAGUACAAAACGUACAAUUGUAAAAUUUGCAAUCGCCAGUUUACAUCUAGUUCAAAUUUAGCGAAACAUAUCACUACUCACACUGGCGAAAAGAAAUACGUAUGCGAGUUCUGCGAAAAACGGUUCAGCCAAGGUGGUCAAUUGACGGUACAUCGACGCAUACAUACGGGUGAGCGUCCAUUCGCCUGUGAAAACUGUGGUGAUAGAUUUCUUGACGGUAGCAGCUUUAAACGUCACAAAACACAUCAGCUAUGCCGGAAAAGUUCGUCUGCUUUGGUUUGUGAAUUGGCUGAACAUUCUUCAAUUGCAUCCCAGGUUACAGCUCCUAUGCCAGUACAAAUGCUUGCAACCGUAUCGAAAGUUGAGAGUUCGCACUAGGUUCAUGAGUUUCAUCUCUAUAUCGUCAAAAGGAAUUCAAUAGCGUUCACCCGAAUAACAGUCCAAUUAUUUGCUGCAGUAGAGAGAUAAUUUGAUUUGGCAGGAUAGCGGAUUUAAAAUUUGGCAGGAUAGCGGAUUUAUUGCGAAGUAGUUCCAACAUAUGUGCACACAUUCGAGUGUUAUUUUGUU